AUGGGUCAUCAUGUGAGUUCGUUGUUUUCGAGUCUCGGGAGGUUCUUCGAGUACCCCGUGAAGAGAAAACCAAUAUGCUUUUACAGACAAGAAGAUUUUACUGCAACCGGUGAACCACAAAAGAAAGUAACUGAUAACCAGAAAUCCACUAAAACUGAUUAUGAUAAGUUGGUGGAAUUGUUUUACAAGAGGCUGGCCGAACAGCGUCAGUACAACCAAGAGAUGAAAGAAAAAGAUAGACGUUGGAGCAUGCAGAAGGUAGUGGAACGCUUUCCAGGCUGGAACGAAGUGACCAUCGCGAACCUUCAUAGCCUUUUCUUGCUUUUCGAUAACCAAUCGAAUGGGAUGCUUGGUUUCGACGAUUUUUGUGCAGUCCUGGAAAGUUUAGGAGACGAAAGUUCAAUGGAGGUGCGCAAGGAGAAAUACAACGCAGCCGACACAGAUAAUGAUGGUUGGAUAACAUAUGACGAUUUCUUAUCGUUGGUUUACCACUUCAGUCCCCAAGAGGAUGGUCAGCUGACGGGACUCGCUCAACUAUGCAACGACGUGGCUGAUAAUAUACAGUUUGUUAGCAACUUAACGGUUGGCGAGCAGUUGGAGUAUGGGUUAUUUUAA